AUGGCCAGCAUCGAUGACCUGCCUGAAGGGCUGCCAAAAUAUGUCAAGGAUUACGCACCGAUCGUUUAUCUCCAUUCGAAAGAUCCGUACAGGCCUUCCGACAUAGCGGCCCACCUCGCAAACACCUCUCCCAAACACAACUACGAACCCAUAGCAUUCUCCCCCAACCUGGAGACCCUAAGCAGACUCAACGGCAUGGGAUCGAGUAUCUACCUGGCGUCUAAUGACGACGUCACAACGGACCCGCCGUGGCUAAAGGGAGCGCAGCUGGACGCCAACGGCGGCUCCCUGGAUGCGAAAACAGCAGCAAUUAUUGUCCAUGAUCGCGGCAACGAUGAAGUCGAUGCCUUUUACAUGUACUUCUACUCCUACAACCUAGGAAGUAUGGUAUUCGGCCAGAGUUUCGGAUCUCAUGUGGGAGACUGGGAGCACAGCAUGAUCCGCUUUAAAAAUGGCAAACCGACUGCGGUCUGGUUCAGCCAACAUGCCAUGGGACAAGCGUUUACCUACGACUGUUUGGAAAAAGAAGGCUUCAGGCCUGUUGUUUAUUCGUCCAACGGCUCGCAUGCCAAUUAUGCCACGAAAGGCAACCAUGAUCACACUAUCCCUCACGUCAACCUCCCUUUUGGAUUUCUCAUGGAUCAAACCGAGAAAGGCGUGCGGUACGAUCCGUUGCGCUCAGCGUAUUGCUACUCGGUCACGUUCGACGGGGAGGUGCCGAGUUUUGCCUCCUAUGACGGUGCGACGCCGACGGACUGGCUUUAUUUUACCGGUCGAUGGGGCGACAAGACCUACCCGGACUCGGACCCCAGGCAAAGGAAUUUCCUGCGGCUGGGAAUCCGAAAGUUCAGUGAUGGGCCCACUGGGCCGAGAGAUAAAGGGUUGAAUCGGAGAGGGAUUUGUCCAAACGGGACGUCAUGUUGGGUGAGACCAUUUCUCAUGCCCUAA